AUGGAAUCAGGUGAACACAACGAUUACUACAAACUUCUGGGCGUGAGCCGCGGCGCCACGCCUGAAGAAAUAAGGAAGGUGUACCGGCGCCUCGCCCUCCUCCACCACCCAGACAAAAACCCAGGCAACGUACGGGAGGCGACGGUCAAAUUCCAGCGUAUCCAGGCCGCCGUGGAGACGCUCUGCGACCACAGGAAGAGGGCCGUCUAUGACAGAGAUUGUGACGAUGACGAGGAAGAAAACUUACAAGAUGAUGUUCCAAAGAAAGACACCAAAGAGGACAACGAAAGCACGGAAGAGAGCUCUGACGAAGAGGAGCAACGUGCGUACGGAACAUAUGAACACGAUCACGAUUAUGAGACUGAGACAGAUGAGGAGUUCGGUUCCUGCAGUGACUACCAAUCCGAAGAAUCGUCUGAGAUGGAGACUCCGUCUGACGAAGACUCCGACCAAGAGUUUUUUCCUCAACAAGACUCUGACUACGAGCCGGAUUACGAGGUGACGAGUGACUCUUCCAGCAAUGACAAAUCAGACGUUGAGAAUAAGAGUGACGUCUUCGAGGACGAAGAUGAGGAAGAGGAGGAGGAAGCAGAGAGUGACUGUUCCUCUGAAUGGACUACACAGGGUGGCCGGCGACCUCCCUCCUGCGCGCCCCCACACACAGUAGCGACCUCCAUUAGCCGACACGAGGCCACGAUAACACUUUACGGCGCCCCCAGGCAGGACCUUGAGGCUGCCCUGCUGACCUGA